AUGGCAAAAAGACCGAGCGAGAGAGAAAUGGAGGUGGAGAGAGCACGGCUUCUAAGCUUGGCAUUGGAUUUUGGAUUCGACGAGGAGGUCGCAAAGAAGUGCUUGGAUCGGCUUGUUGAUCUCUACGGAGAGGAUGGUAAGGAAUUUGUCACUGUUGAGCACUGUGGUGAUGAUUUUCUGGUUGCAUUGGCUGAUGCUAUGCAAGAAGAUUGGGAUGAUUUGCAAGCUAUUGAAUCUGAAGCUUUUGGAGCUUUAAAUGACAUAUUGGGAGGUGUUUCAAAUGAUGAGGAAACAGAGAAUGGGAUUGACUCGGGAAAUGUUGUGAUGGGUAAAGGAGAUUUGUCUGGACACCAGGGCCAAGAAGAGUUGGAUAAGUUGAAUGGUAGUGAUGACUCUGAUUUGGAAGUCUUGAGCCAGAAGGGUACAAAUCCUGAUCUUUCCUAUGGCUUUCAUAAAAAUAAAGGUCAUAGAAUUUGUCAAAGUGUGGGUAAACAAACCUCAAGGUUGCCAGUGCGUGAAAAUGUCAGCAAUGGACCAGCCCCAUCAUAUCCUGAUGCAUUACCAAAUGGACAUGAAACUCUAUGUUAUGAGGAGCUGCAGGCUAUGGAUGACAUUGAAUUAGCAAAUGCUGUAAUAUUUGGCAACAGAGCUUUUCGAACUCUGCAGUAUCAAGCUUGUAAAGCAGCAAUUGAGAACAGAGACUGCUUUGUUCUUAUGCCCACUGGUGGGGGUAAAAGUUUAUGUUACCAGCUCCCAGCAACUCUACAUCCAGGUGUCACUGUUGUUGUAUGCCCUUUGCUGUCACUUAUUCAGGACCAGAUCAUUACAUUGAAUAUUAAGUAUGGGAUACCUGCAACUUUUUUGAAUUCACAACAGACUGCUUCACAGGCAUCAGCAGUUAUCCGAGAGUUGAGCCUAGUCUUUGAUGCUGAAGUUGUGUCUGCUAGACAUAUCUUGGAGAGAGCAUGCUGCUUAGCUAUUAAGUAUCGCCACUUCGACUCUGCUGAUCUGACCGCAGCCGACCUAAGUUCCUGGGGCUCCUUGGCUGCACCUCCAGCAUCUCAGAGGACCCUGUUCAUCUCUUUGGAGCCCCCACCCUUUAGGUUUGUUAAGGUCAACUUUGAUGGUAGCAUCAGGGAUGACAGAGGUGGUUCAGAGUUUGUCAUUCGGGAUCCAAAUUUGUGGAUGCUGGCUGCAAGAGGUUCACCGCUUUAUGAGACGCCCGUGCUCGGUGCUAAGCUUCGUGCUGCUUGGACUGGCGUCAUCUGUACUAUCCAGAAGCUGUAG